AUGACUGACACCCAGCUUCGGGACGGGCCUGCUGUGGCGUCCGGGCUCGACGAGAAAGCGGACAGCGCUCAGCAACGAGACCCGUCCAUCGCCGACGCCGUGACGGCGCCCGCCGCUGUCCCCACCGCUGUCCCAGCCGUCGACAUCGAACCGGUGUCCAACCAGCCCCAGGGCCAGUAUGAGCAGGUCACCGGCAUCAAGCUCUUCCUUAUGCUGCUCUCCCUCGCCCUCGCCUGCUUCUUGAUCCUCCUCGACAACUCCGUCGUGUCCACGGCCGUCCCCAAGAUCACCGACGACUUCCACUCGCUCAAGGACGUCGGCUGGUAUGCGUCGUCGUACCAGCUCGGCAGUGUUGUGCUGCAGCUGCUGACGGGCAAGAUCUUCUUGCACUUUUCGCUCAAGUGGUCCUUCAUCGCCUUCUUCUUUGUCUUUGAGCUGGGCUCGGCGCUGUCGGGGGCCGCCCAGUCGUCGGCGAUGCUGAUUAUCAGCCGCGCCGUCUCGGGCAUUGGCGCCUCCGGCCUCAUCAACGGCGCCCUCACCAUGGUCUACGCCUCCGUGCCCCUGGAGCGCCGGCCGCCCCUGACGGGCAUCGUCAUCGGCAUCGCCCAGCUGGGCAUCGUGCUCGGCCCGCUCAUCGGCGGCGCCUUUACCACGGGCUACACCUGGCGCUGGUGCUUCUACAUCAACCUGCCGCUGGGCCUCAUCGUCGCCGCGCCCCUCGUGUUUCUGCGCAUCCCCGAGCAGGCCCCCAAGCAGCCGCCCAUGGUCGUCGUCCGCCAGCUGCACCGCCACCUGGACCUCAUCGGUUUCGCCCUCUUUGCGCCCGCCAUCAUUAUGCUGCUGCUGGCCAUGCAGUUUGGCGGCAACCAAUUCGCCUGGCACUCGUCGCAGGUCAUUGGCCUGUUUGUCGGCGCCGGCGCCACCUUUUUGGUCUGGAUCGCCUGGAACUACCACAAAGGUGACGAGGCCCUGCUGCCCUUCCCCAUUGUGCGCCGCCGCCGCGUCUGGAUGAGCGGCGUCAACUACGCCUUUCUGACGACGGGCGUCAUUGGCGCCGCCUUCUUCCUGCCCAUCUACUUCCAGGCCGUCAAGGGCGUCACCGCCAUCAUGAGUGGCGUCUACAUGCUGGCCACCAUCCUGCCCCAGGUCCUGGGCGCCGUGUCAUCGGGCAUCCUGGUCGCCAAGGUCGGCUACGUCCCGGUCUUUUCCGUCUCGGCCGCCCUGCUCUUCUCCGUCGGUAGCGGCCUCUACACGCUGCUGCAGCCCGGCACGUCCGAGGCCAACUGGGUCGGCUUCCAGAUCAUCUCUGGCUUUGGCCGCGGCGUCGGUUUCCAAAUGCCCAUUGUCGCCAUCCAGCACGCCGUCACCCCCGAAGAGCUCUCUGCCGGCAUGGCCUUUGUCGUCUGGUGCCAAUACCUCGGCCCUUCCAUCUUCUUGACGCUGUUCAACACCGUCUUCGACACCAAGCUGACCGCCAACCUCCACAAGUACGCCCCCACCACCGACGCCAAAGCCAUCCUCCUCGCCGGCGCCACGGGCUUCCGCAAGAUCGUCUCCGCCGACCAGCUCCCCGGCGUCCUCCGGGCCUACUCGGACAGCCUCGACAUUGUCUUUUACAUGGUGCUGGCCGUGUCACUGGUCUGCUUCCUGUCGGCCUGGGGCAUGGGCUUCAACGACAUCCGCAAGUCGAAGCAGGUAGUGGACGAGGCUGCCGCGCGGCACGGCGGCAGCGGGAGCGACAACGACAUGCAGAAGGAGGCGGUCACGGACGGCGAAACCGCUGUCCCCAGUGUUGCUGCGGUGGGCGCCGAGGAGAAGCGGUCGGUCGGAUCGGAGACGGACCACUAG